AUGGCGCAAGAGGAGAGCCAGUUUGAAGAAUUUGAGCAAAUAGACUUUUUGAGAGAUCGCCAUGUACGAUUCUUUCAGAGAACCCUCCAGGUGUUGCCUGAGAGAUACGCUUCGCUGGAAACAACCAGGUUGACCGUCAUGUUCUUUGCCCUGUCUGGCCUUGAUGUACUGGACGCACUUGAUGUAGUUGACAGAGACGUCAUGAUCGAGUGGAUAUACUCCCUACAAGUUCUGCCUACAGAGGACAAAUCUAACCUAAGUCGUUGUGGAUUCAGAGGAUCUUCACAUAUUGGAAUUCCUUACAGCACUAAGGGUCCGGGUGUGCUCCAUCCAUAUGACAGUGGCCACGUGGCCAUGACCUACACCGGCCUGUGCUCACUCCUUAUUCUGGGAGACGACCUGAGUCGGGUUAACAAACAGGCCUGUCUGGCUGGCCUCAGGGCGCUGCAGCUGGAGGACGGCAGUUUCUACGCUGUCCCAGAGGGAAGUGAAAACGACAUACGCUUUAUCUACUGUGCAGCCAGUAUCUGUUACAUGCUGGAUGACUGGUCGGGCAUGGACAUCCAAAAGGCCAUCGAGUACAUCCGAGGAAGUUUGUCAUACGACAAUGGGUUUGGCCAGGGAGCGGGGAGAGAGUCUCACGGUGGCUGGACGUACUGCGCCAUAGCCUCCCUGUGCCUGAUGGGCCGACUGGAGGAGGCGCUGAGUCAGCGGGAGCUGGACAGGAUCCGGCGCUGGUGUGUGAUGAGGCAGCAGAGCGGCUUCCACGGGCGGCCCAACAAGCCCGAAGACACGUGCUACUCCUUCUGGGUGGGAGCAACGCUGGAGUUGUUAGAUGUGUUCCGGUACACAAACUUUGAAAAGAACAGGAGCUUCAUCCUGUCCACGCAGGAUCGGUUGGUAGGGGGCUUCGCCAAGUGGCCAGACAGCCAUCCAGACCCACUCCAUGCCUACCUCGGGUUGUGCGGUUUGUCUCUGAUCGGGGAGCCCGACCUGAGGAAAGUCCACCCAGCUCUUAACAUCACCGAGCGAGCCUUCCAGCACCUCCAGCAGCUGCAGCAGACUCCAAUAGCUGUUUCUACGAUCGACCUUACCAAGCGUCCGACUUCUGGGACUUGGUUUGAAGUCCGUUUAGAGAACAACUUUUCUGUCGAGCAAUAUAAACCCAGCAGUAAGCUCAGACAAGAAGAAAAAAGGAGAGCAGUUGGGGGAAGAGAAAAGCUCCCCUCCGUGGACUAA